AUGACUAUCCUUGUACAUUUGACUUUGUUUCAGGAACUGAAGAGAUGCGUUUCCAUGGGAUUUCGUGCUAUCGAGAUCGGUUCACAUAUCGAAGAAAAAAGCUUGGACCACCAUGAUUUUUGGCCCCUCUACAAGGAGUGCGAAAGUCUCAAUGUUGUGAUAUUUGUUCAUCCAUGGGAUAUGCACAAUUGGAAUGGCCGUCUUAACAAAUAUUGGAUGCCUUGGCUUGUUGGAAUGCCUUCUGAAACUGCUCAAGCAAUUUGUUCCAUAUUGAUGGGGAACAUUUUGCUUCUUUUCCCUAAGCUACGAUUCUGUUUUGCUCACGGUGGAGGAUCUUAUCCGCAGAUAGCUGGAAGAAUUAGUCACGGUUAUAAAGUUCGACCAGAUUUAUGUGCCAUCAAUUGUGCAAUCAGUCCUGAUGAGUUAAAAACUCGAAUAUGGACAGACUCACUGGUACACGACCCGGAAGCACUGAAACUUUUGAUUCAUACAGUUGGCAUGGAUAAGAUUGUACUCGGAACCGAUUAUCCAUUUCCUCUCGGCGAACUUGUUGUUGGUCAAGUUGUGGAAAAUUAUCCACAUUUAACAGUGGAAGAUAAACAGAAGCUACUCUGGCAUAACUGCAUCGAUUUGCUAGAUUUGGAAGAAACUCAUCUUUAUAGCUCUAACUUUUGA